AUGGGGGUCCACGGGGACUACCUCCGGGGCGCGAGCCGCAUGGCUGGGGUGGGCGCGCUCACGGGGGCGCUGGCCGGGGCCUGGGGCUCCAGCCGCGCCGGCCAGCGGGGCGCGCCGCGGGGGCAGCGGACGCAGCGGGGGCUGUUCGGCAUGGCGGCGGGCGGCACGCCGCUCAACAUGCUCGUCAGCCAGCAGAAGAAGAUCAGCUGCGGUCGCCUGUGCACCAUCUCGCUCGGACUGUUCACACUGCUGGUCGGUGUGAUCCUGUCCUCUGUCCCCUGGCUGGACUACAUGAUUAUGAAGGACCUCAAGCUCCGGAAUGACACCAUGUCGUACUACUACUGGCAGAAGCCCGGCGUGGUCCGCCUCACCAAGGUGUACAUCUUCAACGUGACCAACCCCGACGGCGUGCUGCGGCGGGGCGAGCGGCCGCGCCUGCAGGAGGUCGGGCCCUACGUCUACAAGGAGGAGAUGGAGAAAGUGAACGUCAAGUUCCACGACAACGACACCGUCACGUUCCAGCACCGGAAGAUCCUGCACUUCGUGCCGGAGCUGUCCAAGAGCAUGACCGAGAGGAUAUGCGUGCCCAACAUUCCGCUGCUGACGCUGGCCACGCAGAGCAGGCACAUGCCGUGGGGGGUGCAGGCGGCCAUGUCCGUCCUGGUGCGCGGCAUGGACAACUUCGUGACGGUGACGCCCGAGCAGUUCCUCUUCGGCUACGACGACGCCCUCGUCACCCUGGCCAACAUCGCCAACACCCUGCUGCACAUCAACUGGCCCGCGCCCCGGAUCAUGUCGCUGCUCAAGGGGCGCAACGGCACCCUGCCCGAGGUGCACACCAUGUACACGGGCCACGACUCCAGAGCCAGGAUGGGCCUGCUGGACAGACUCAACGGGCUGGACCACCUGCCGUUCUGGUCCGAGCCCCCGUGCAACUCCAUCAAAGCCUCCGAGGGUUCGUUCUUUCCGCCACGAGACAUCACUCACGAGGACUUGGUGGCCAUCUACGACAAGGACCUGUGUCGCGCCUUCCCGCUGCAGUACCGCCGCCUGGUGGACAAGGACGGCAUCAGCGCGGGCUACUACACGCCGCCAGACUCCAUCUUCGCGCCCUCGGAGGCCUUCCCGGACAACAAGUGCUUUUGUCCGCCAGGGGAGAGCCCCACCGCGCCCUGCGAGCUCAAGGGGCUGCAGAACAUCAGCCCGUGUCACUACGACGCACCCGUCUUCGUCUCGUUCCCGCACUUCUUCAACGCCGACAACUCGCUGCUGGAGGCUGUCGAGGGCAUGACGCCGAACCGAGACCGCCACGAGACGUUCUUCAAAAUCCAGCCGAAACUCGGCGUCACCAUGGAGGCCAAAGUGCGGAUCCAGCUCAACCUCAAAGUGGACCAUGCUCCGUACAUUUACUCGGUACACACGUUCCCCGAAAUCGUCUUCCCCAUCAUUUGGCUCGAAGAGGGCGUGGACGAGCUGACUCCAGAGAUCCACCGGUGGGUGUACAUCGCCACGACGGCGGCCGACUUCAUCAUCCCGUCCGUCGAGUACUCCUUCAUCGUGGUGGGCGCGCUGACGCUGGCCGCCGUGUUCGUGCGCACUUACAAGGGCGUCGUGUUCACGGCGGAGAACCUGGAGCGCGGCAUGGAGGAGCUCCGGACGGGCAGCCAUCUCAUCAUCAACGCCGCGUCGCACGCCGCGCACGCCGCCACGCACCCGUCGCACGCGCGGCACAAGGACCGCGAGCACCGCGAGCAGCAGUACCACCUGCUGAGGAGCACGUCGUCCACGUCGGCCGCCUCCACCACGGCGUCGUCGUCGAGCACCGCCACCGCCUCCACGCCGCUGCCGUCCGAUACGAGCGACCAGGUCGACCUGGCCGCCGAGACGGACCCCAUGGUCGUCCACGUCCUCAGUUCGUCCCCCAGCCAGGCGCGAGCCGUGUGAAUGGACUAAUGGUCGCCCCUUCCCCGCGACCACCAGGCCGGCCCGCGGGGCCCAAGGACAUUCGCCUGGUGGACAUUCGCCCUUCGAGAGUGCGGCGAGCAGGGCUAAGCAGGGCCUGCUUUUUGUUGCGAUUGCCUGCCGCCUCGCCGCCUCGCCCUCGCCGUCGCGGCGAACCCCUUCCAUUCUAGUCGACCAAGUCGCGGACCGCCGAGGCCCCGCCCC